GGCGUGGCUAGCGAACUUAGGUGCAGUUCGCCUCUUUGGUGUCCUUGUAGAAGAUGAACGAAUUUAUUGCUGAAGCCAAAAUUUUACACCAGGACUGCUGAAGCACAGGAAAUCAUGACAGUACUGCCACCAGAGGUAAACUGAUAAGCUACUAGCGAAACCGAGCGUAUUUAUCUAAUUGAUGCCCACCAACAACUUGGGGCAGGGGAGCGCAAGUUCGUCCGUGUACGUCCUGCUGAGUAAGGACCACCGCGUCUCGCGGAGUUUCCGGGCCACGUGGCACCUCAGAAGACUGCUGACCGGUCAGUCAUGGGCGGAGUCCAGUUCAGAUGACCUCAGUGUCCUCUCGGUUGUGGGUGGAGCUGGGGGCGUGUCCGCCAGGCCUGACGUCUUCUACAUAUGCCAGCAAUACAGUCUCGUCUUUGUUCUCGACAUGACACCGACCAUGGUCCAAGUGAGCAACCAGACGUGUCAGGUGAAGCUGAAUGAAGCAGUAGCAUCUCUGACUGCAUCUCUGAACCUCCUCACAAAACCAUUUUGCGUCCCUGGCAGCCAGGAACUACUGCAGCCUGAUCUCAUUGUGACAGUCAUGGCUUACUGCGGUAACCAUCCUGGCUGUGUGAAGGUAUGA